CGAUUCUGUAGAAUAUAGAAAGACUCGCCGCCUUCACUCUCCUCUGAUUUGAAUUUGAUCCAUUGUCUCUACACAUUCACCAUAACUUUUCACCGGAAAAAACUUUAGCUUCCUCUGCAGCCAAGAAAAAGCAAUAAUGGCGUGUUUCAAUUUCAAUGAGAUCAAGACGAAGAAGACUCUGAUUGGACUUGGGUUGGGACAGAUCCUCUCGCUUCUCUCUACUUCCAUUAGCUUUACUUCGUCUGAGAUCGCGAGAAAAGGGAUUAAUGCUCCAGCAUCUCAGUUGCUCCUGGGUUAUGUGUUCCUGGCUAUUGUCUAUGGAGGUAUAAUGCUGUAUCGAAGACCCGUAAUUAAGGCAAAGUGGUAUUGCUAUUUACUCCUUUCUCUAGUUGAUGUGGAGGCGAAUUUUCUCGUGGUAAAGGCAUAUCAGAACACAUCAAUGACGAGUGUCAUGCUACUGGACUGCUGGGCUAUCCCUUGCGUUUUGGUAUUGACUUGGGUUUUUCUAAAAACAAAAUACGGAUUGAUGAAGAUCAGUGGUGUGGUUAUCUGUAUUGUUGGUGUUGUCAUUGUAGUUUUCUCAGACGUCCAUGCAGGGGAUAGAGCUGGUGGAAGUCAUCCUGUCAAAGGAGACUUUCUUGUUAUAGCUGGAGCAACCUUGUAUGCUGUCACCAAUGUCAGUCAGGAGUUCCUUGUGAAGAAUGCAGACAGAUUGGAACUCAUGUCCUUUACAGGCCUUUUCGGGGCAAUUAUUUGUGCCAUUCAGAUAAGCAUAUUUGAACGUGGUGCGCUCAAAGCUAUUGACUGGUCAACUGGGACUGUUUUGUCUUACCUUGUAAUUGCACUCGGUGUGUUUCUCUUCUACUCGUUACUCACAGUCUUACUCAAGACCUAUGGUGCAGCAAUGUUCACUCUCUCGUUACUCACAUCCGACAUGUGGGCGGUUUUGAUCCGCAAUUUCGCUUACCAUGAGAAGGUUGAUUCGCUCUAUUACUUGGCAUUUGCUACUACAGCUAUUGGGCUGAUCAUAUACUCAAUGAAGGAGAAAGAUCAGGAGAAACAAAUAGGCGGAGAAGUGAUCGACGAGCAGAGAAAGCUGUUCGAUGAGGAGGAUGGUGAAUCAAUGCGAGACAGCCUUAUAGGUGCUCCCACCUGAACUCAAAGCCUGAUGUUGUUUUUGUUGUCUAUGUCGUGGCUGUGAGAUAUGUAUUUUUUUUUUCGGGCAUAAAAAAAGAAAGAAGUGAAGAAACUUUUGGGUGGAGACAAGUUUUGUGAAUUUUCUCUUAAAAAAUUGGUCUAACUGA